AUGAAGCAGAGGUACUAUCCCCGUAAUCCGUCCCAACAACAAAUUAUCAACGAAACAGUAGACGCACUGCUGAAGGAAGACCGUAUUGAACCAUCUAAAAGCCCUCACGUGUCACCAAUCGUGUUGAAUCCUACCGAGCGCGCAAAUCGAGCCAUCAAGACCAUGAUUGCACAAUACCUGGAGAAUGGGAAAAACACUUGGGAUCAAUGGCUUCCAGAAAUAACACUAGCGAUCAACUCAAGCGUCAACGACACCACCUGCUUCAGUCCAGCUUACAUCAUAUUAGGUCGGGAACCCCGUAUGCCCGGCGCUCUUUAUGACCAAGUAACGGAUGUCUCCGGUAACGAACCCCCUAGCCCCGACGAGCGCGUCCGACGAAUGGAAGAUAUUUUUAAGCUCGUACAUGAGAAUCAACUGAACGCUACCCAGAAUCAAAAGAAAUACUACGACCUGAGACGACGCGACUGGCGUCCAAACAUCGGGAGCAUGGUCGUGCUCAAGCAUCAUGUGCUGUCUAAUGCCAACGAAGGGUUCAAUGCCAAACUGGCGCCUAAGGGCCCGUAUAAAAUAAUCAAGUUUCUUUCCAGCAACGUCGUUAGACUUCUUGUAGCCCAGAAGCGUGAGCGACGUACCGCCGGUCUGGCUGACUUAAAGGCCUUUAAUAGUGACGACAACGAACCACCAGAACUCGGUCUUUCUGAAGACAUCGGCCUCGAGACACCUCAUACCCACGGCCCGCACGAGGCCACUGAUUAA